AUGGGGAGGCGGAACCGAAGGGCGGCCUCCCUCCCGACUCUGCGUCCGCUUCUUCGGUGUCCCGGGACGUGCUCGGCGACCCUGGGGAGGGUCCGCUGGAAAUGCCGCGGGCAGAGGACGCAGUGGGCCGGCUGCGCGCUCCCCCAGUCCGCCACCUGGUCCCUCGAGUCCUCCCCCGGGUUUUCCGCUUUGGGCAGGAAAAAAAAAAACAAAAAACCAGCUGGUUUCCAGGACGAACGCUUGCUCGCGCAGACGCUCCUCGGGGCCGCAGCGGAGCGCGGGGUGGCGGCGGCCUUGGGCUUCCUCCGGGUGCGAGGAAGGAGGUGUCCGCCCAGCGGCCCCUCCCCGGCCGCGCGUUACUCACCGCCGCGACUUGGAGGAACUUCCCGGCGAGCCUCCGCCCCGCCCCUCGUGACGCGGCAGGCGCGGACUCCCGCCGCCCAGCGCAGCCUAGCGCAGCCGUCUGCCUCCCUCUCGGUCCCGCGUCACGUGUCCUCCGCCGCCGCGAAACAGGUCUGGUUAGUGUGUGUUUUUGUCCGGCCGGCCGGUAGGCCGGCCCGCCGAUCGGUGCCAGAUCGGGUGUUUGCAAUUGGUACUUACCAACACUGUUCCGUUGCUUCUAGUUCCGGUGGUAAGGCAUCCUUCCCAAAUAUUAGAGGAGGAAAGAAGUCACUUUCCCUGCUGUCAGCAUCUUCCAACAGAUUUAGCAAGAAUAUUUUGAGCACUACAGAAAAGACAAUCUGUCCAACUCUAAAUGAUGAUCAGCCAUGUGACUUUUUCAAGAAAGGGAAUAGGGUGAAUGAAUCUUAUCAGAAAAGCAGCAAUAUGAAUGCAGGCCCUUCUCGGAAUAAAGUACAACAUCCCAAGAAUUCCAGAAAAAGACAGAGUAAACCCCAAGUCCCCCACAUUUCUUCCCAGCUGAAAAGCAGUCUCAGAGGAUGUGUCCCCCAGCCAGCUGACGAUAAGCUGAAGGAAAGCAUUUCCCCAGAAGGAAACCUCAAAAAGAGUCCCCUCAGCCCCAGGUAUCGGGGGCCCUCAGGGAACAAGCUGUUUCUGGACUUUCAGUCCAUGAAAAUCAUCAAAGGAGAUGCCGAGGAGGAGGACAGUGCCAGCGACCUCUCUGAUUCAGAAAGGAUUGCCAUCUCCCCAUCCCCCCUCACACCUCCUGAUCUUCACCUUCGAGCAGAAGAGAUUGACCCGGUUUACUUUGAUCUGCACCCGGGGCAGGGCCCCACCCGGCCUGAAUACUGUUACCCCGACUUCCUCCCGCCCCCGUGCAACUCCUGGGACCUACGGGACAUGGCCAUGCUCCUGCACUCCGAGCGCAGGACAGAGGCUGUGCCCAAAGCUGGGGGGCUCCUGGGCAAGUACGUCAACAGGCUCGUCCAGCUCGAGUGGCUGCAGAUCCAGACCGUCCAGUGCGAGAAAGGCAAGGUGGCCAAAGGGAGGCCUCCCACUGCCCCUGGGACCUCGGGGGCCCUGAAGAGCCCUGGGAGAAGCAAGCUGAUGCCUAGCGCUCUGUCUAGGCCUCAGCAGGAAGGGCCUCCGAAGUCAGGCCCUUCACGAAAGAAAGACACGCUCUGCGAGGAAGUCCAUCCAUUCUGUUACACUGGUGAGCCUUCCCCCAGGCCCCUUGAUGUGCUGAGCAGUAGCCGAUUAUGUUCUCAGAAGCACACCCUGGAGGUGCAGACAGAGAAGAAGAAAAAGAAAUUUAACAAGAACUCCAGGCUGCAGCCCUGGGACUUAUCCUGCGGGGACGGUGUCCCCAAGAUCGAGAGCAAUGGGAACCUCUGUGCAUCCCAGCCACCAGCCGUGAUCCUGGAUCCCUCAGACGGUUGCAGGGCCGCCCGAGCACCAGCACACACAGGUCUUAAGAAGAAGGGAAAUGUGAGUAACUGUGCUCAUGCCACGAUAUCCAGCGAGAAAAAGCUCAAAACUAAUGGAGGAAAGCAAAACACGUACAAAUUCAAGAAAUAA